AUGGAUUUCUUGAAGUCUGCAGUCGCAUCUGCGAUAUCAAAGGGACCUCCAUUUCCCUACACAUUCGGGGAUCAGGUUGACAUAGAGCAAUCCAUAUGGAAGUUAUACAAUGGAACCAAAAGAGAAGACGGUUCUAAUUGUAGUAUAUUCUCCUUCGAUGUCAGCGCAAACAAGUCUCGAUUACCCCUAGCCAAAAAUGCAGUUAAGAAGCUUCGAACGUUGAGACAUCCUGGAGUUAUCAAAGUGCUGGACACAGUCGAGACCGACACAUACAUCUAUAUCGCUACUGAGAGAGUGGUUCCUUUGAGAUGGCAUAUCAAGAGAAAGAGCAUGAGCCCGGAGACAUUGAAAUGGGGAUUAUUUAGCAUAGCACAAACAAUUAAAUUUAUCAAUGACGAGGCAUCGUCCGUCCAUGGAAUGCUUCGAGUAGGAUCGAUCUACACAAGUGAGAGUGGGGAGUGGAGAGUUGGAGGAUUCGAGGUAUUAAGCAAUAUGAAUGAUACUGAGGCAAUUAUUUAUAACUAUGGCAGUCUUGUACCCGAUGCCGGACGAUAUACUCCACCAGAAUUGGCGAGUACUGGCUGGGAUUCUAUCAAGAAACACCCAAUAUAUGCGACUGAUUCUUAUAAUUUUGGAACUUUGAUUUUUGAAAUCUUCAAUGGGGACUUCACAGGGGGUGAUCAAGCCGGCCAGACAAAGAAUAUACCUCCCAGUAUGCAGUCAAGCUAUAGACGUUUGGUUAAUAGCAACCCCAAAGCUCGACUGAGCGUUGGCCAUUUCCUUGAGCAAGGUCGUCGAAGUGGAGGUUUUUUUGAGACUCCCCUUAUCAAGCUUACUGAAGGCGUAGAUAAUCUAGGGAUGAAAACGGAAGCUGAACGAGAAGAGUUCUUGAGCGACCUUGAUGAGCUUUCAAAUGACUUCCCGGAGGAUUAUUUCAAGAUGAAGAUCCUUCCAGAGUUACUGAAAUCUGUUGAAUUUGGGGGUGGUGGUCCAAAAGUAUUUAGUGUUGUUAUGAAGAUUAGCACUAAGCUUACAGAUGACGAUUUUGAAGCAAAGGUCACACCUGUCGUUGUUCGACUAUUUAGCAGUCCUGACAGAGCUAUUCGGGUGUGUCUUUUGGACAAUCUUCCCCUUAUGAUAGAUCGACUACCACAGAAAGUGGUCAAUGAUAAAGUCUUCCCCCAAAUGGUCACUGGCUUUACGGAUCUUGCACCCGUAGUACGAGAGCAGACAGUUAAAGCAGUAUUGACAAUUAUUGGGAAAUUAUCAGACCGGACAAUUAAUGGAGAAUUGUUGAAAUAUUUAGCCAAAACUUCCAACGAUGAACAACCUGGUAUUCGAACAAACACGACAAUCUGUUUGGGCAAAAUUGCCAAGAAUCUGGGAAUUAGCACGAGAUCAAAGGUGUUAAUCGCCGCUUUCACAAGGUCCCUUCGCGAUCCAUUCGUUCAUGCUAGAAAUGCAGCCUUAUUAGCAUUAGCUGUCACAGCUGACUCAUUCAGUGAUGAUGAUUGCGCUAAUCGCAUAUUACCGGCGUUAUGUCCUAGUCUAAUAGACAAGGAGAAACUCAUUCGAGACCAAACAAACAAGACAAUGGACGUUUACCUGCAGCGUAUUCGCAAAUCUGCUGCCGCAAUGCCUGAUACUGCCUUACCACCACCCACCACAGGUGAAGCUGCCUCAUCAUCUACACCCCGAAUGAGUACGCCACAGCCUAGUGAUGCAGGUUCGUCAUGGGCAGGCUGGGCUAUUUCUUCAUUCACCAAUAAAGUAGCUGCUGCAACUGGUGAAAUUCAACCAUCGAGUGGUGCUGUGACUCCAGACGCACGUCCGACAUCAGCACGACAAGAAAAUGAAGCUCGUCAUUCAACUCAGUCUGCAUCGGCUUUGCAUCGCCAAGCUGUGACUUCACCAGUUGUUACUUCAGCUAACACGCCUUCGGCCAGUCACUCUUAUUUCGGAGAUGCAAACGCAGGAGAGGACGAUAUAGAAGCAUGGGAUGACAUGGAAGAGGAUGCUUUCUUCGAUGCUCCUAGCGAAUCGGCAUCAAAAAAUACUGUAGCCCCAUCUUCGACUGCAACCCCCUUCGAAGAUAAUGGCGAACCGGAUUUCGCGGGUUGGUUAGCAGCCCAACAAAAGAAACCAGCUCAAAAGUCAUUACCAAAAGGCUUGACCAAGCCCGCAGCGAAAACAAACGGAAGACCUUUAUCAUCGUCAAGAACUACCACAACUAGUUCUUUGGGAACGAAAAAGGCAGCUCCUGUAGCGACCAAGCCAGUUGUGACUAAGAAAAUAGAUACAGCUCCAAAAGCUACAGAUGAGGAUGCUGAUUGGGGAGAUGGUUGGUAG